UAAAGCCAGGGAGGAGAGGAGGGAGCUAUACUGUUACUGAAUUUAACACGUUUUAUACUGACGUUCUAUUCGCCACAUUAUCUAUUUUGUGCUUUCAUUAACAUGGCGUAUUUGAUUUGCUCAAGACCUGCAUAUUCUGUUUGUUUAGUAGGCCGGUAGGGAGGAGGGGACUCCACGGGAACGAGCAAAAUACCGUAGUCCGCUAACGUCAGUUAGCUUGUAACGUUAACUAGCUACAGUAGAUUUACAGCACCCGUAUUUCGCCUUUAGCAACAGUAGCUAAUGUACACUUGGCAUUUGUUCAGUAUCAAUGACAAUAUGAACAAUUACUUAAUUCACACCCAGUCAAAUGUGAGAUUGUUUCAUCUUCGUUCGGUGUUCUCGCAACCGACCUGCUCGAGCGAAGAACCAGGACAAGACCUACCUGGCACCCCAUCCUAUCCCCUGUAGAAGAGUAGCGUUGGUCUGUGAUGAAUAACAUGGAGGGUUCGGGGGGCUCGUUUGAGGAUCUGGUGAGGCUGAAGGCACGCAGUGUCCCCCAGCAUCGGAUGAAGGAGUUCCUGGAGUCCCUGGCCAACAAGGGCCCCGAGGCACUGCAGGAGUUCAAUCAUCAGAGCGGUGCUACCGCCACAACCACUACCACCACUACGGUGUACCAGCAGGGAGCAAACUGCAUAUACACAGACAACACCGAGGUGGCUGGGUCACUGCUGGAACUGGCCUGUCCGCAACAGCAGGUACAGGUGUCCCAGCAACAGGUUAUGGCAGCACAGCAGCAGCUCUCACCAAAUAUGACCACAGCCAUGCACCAAGGCCAAGACAUAAUACAGGUGCAGAUCGGGGGGCAACAUCAGGGCCAGGUGGUUGGGGUGGGGGGCCAGGUGCUGCAGCUGCCCUCCUCCUCCAAUCAACAGCUACAGGGGGUCACCACAGCCCAGCUAAUACAGUCUGGGGACCUCACAGAAGAACAGCACCAACAGCUGCAGGCCCAGUUGAUGGCAGCGGUGGCGGGUGGUCAACAGAUCCAGAUACAGACGGUGGGAGCUCUCUCCCCCUCCCAGCAGCAGGGCUCUCCCCGGGGAAACACCAUCCAGACCACCUCCCCCCUCCAGCCAGCCAAGAAGCGUAAGGUGGACAUGCCCAUCACAGUGUCCUACGCCCUGCCUGGUCAGCAGCUGGCCACUGUGCUAGCAAUCCCCCAGGGUCAGGGACAGCAGCAGAGCUACGUAUCUCUGAGGCCAGAUGUGUUGACUGUAGAUAGCAGCCACCUGUACAGUGCUACAGGUACCAUCACCAGCCCCACUGGAGAGACCUGGACCAUCCCAGUCUACUCUGCCCCGCCAGGGUCACGUGAUCAGGGCGGUGUCACACACAUCGCCAUCCCCCAGGAAGCAUACAGCGCUGUGCAGGUUGGUGGGGGGACUACAACGACAAUGGCACACACUACGCCAACGCAAGUUACGAUCGGCUCGAGUCAUGCAGUUUCCACGAUGACAGGGUCGUCGGUGGGUCAUGAAGAAGUGCAAUACCAGACAGUGGCGGCCAACUCUCUAUUCCCGGCCCAGUUCAUGCACGGGAACAUCCACAUCCCUGUGGCGGUGCAAGGGUACGGCAACACCACGCAGUCGCUCAUCUGGGACCCCCAGCAGCAGGUGCUGCACACACAGGGAGGGGUGCAGGUCCAGGACACACAGCAACUACAGGGUCAGACCAUGGCAGUAGCAGAGCUGGAGGGCCAGGGGCAUACAGAGAUGAUGCUUCCCUGUUCUCUAAAGCCUGAGGAGGGGCUUGACGUGUGGAAGCUCUGGGCCCAGAGGAAGAACGCCGAGCUGGACAAGGACGAGAUCAACAAACUAGCUCCCAUUGGCCGCCGGCAGGCACUGAGGUUCCAGGAGGACCUGGUGUCGUGUGCGGUUGCUGAGCUCAGUGUGGGGCUGUCUCACAUGUGCCAGGAGGCCCGAGGGCUGGAGGGAGAGACUUAUGGGGCUGACGUUCUCUAUUACGUCUUCCUCUGCAUACAGAAGUAUCUGGUUGAUAAUGGUCGUGUGGAUGACGUUUUUUCAGACCCAUACUACGGGCGCUUCUCCCAGUGUCUGCAUCGGAUACUGGAGCCAUGGAGGCCAAGCGUCCAUCCACUAGGCCCAGGUUACCUCAUCGCCAGUCAGGUGACAGAGGAGAUGCUGUGGGAGUGUAAACAGCUGGGUGCCCAUUCCCCUGCAACGCUACUGACUACGCUGAUGUUCUUCAACACCAAGUACUUUCAGCUGAAGACUGUGGAGCAGCAUCUGAAGCUGGCCUUCUCCAAGGUCCUGAGACACACCAGGAAGAGCCCCAACAACCCCAAAGACAAGUGCACCAGCAUCCGCUACCUGAAGCCUGUUGGCCAGCACCAGAUAGGACAGAAAGUGACAGAUGACAUGUAUGCAGAGCAGUUGGAGCACCCAGAAAACCCUCUGCGCUGCCCCAUCAAACUCUACGACUUCUACCUCUUCAAAAGUCCACAGAGUGCUAAAGGCCGCAACGAUGCCUUCUACCUGAACCCUGAACCAGUCGUGGCACCCAACAGCCCCCUGUGGUACUCCACCCAGCCAAUCAACAGAGAGCAGAUGGAGCACAUCCUCGCUCGCUGCCUUAUCGUGAGAGAGAUCCAGGAAGCUGUUGCCAACAUACACUAGCAGGACUGGAGGAGAGGAAUGACCAUUGACUUAGACAUCACAUCAUUAUGGCGUCAGUGAACGCAUAGGCAGGGCCAUUGAGGCCAUCUCUAUUUUGAAGUAGUACAUUUUCUUCUUCUACUUCUAUGAGUUGGCAAACAAACUGAAAGGGUUCCUACUGCCACCCGGAGUGUGGUGUUUGAACAGUAUAAAGCCACGGUUGGCGAUUUACUGCCAACUGCAGUUAUGGAAUGUUUAUUCACGAGUAGGCCUAUAAUUCAUUGGUCCAUCCCUCCUGACGGCUCAGAAAUAAUUCUAACUUCACACAUUACCCAAGGGAUUGUGAUAAUUUUCUGGUAAAAACAUUAGUUUGCUCCGUGGCAAGGUGGCCAAGUGUAGGGUCGUCACUAGUUAACACAGCCACAAAGUCAUAAACCCUUUCUAUUUCAACAUGAUCUUAAAAUCUGAUUUUAAACUCAACUCUCACCUUAACCACACUGCUAACCUUAGCCUAUCCUUACGGUAAAAAAAUAAGCUACUUUUUGUUUUCAUGAAUUUGUAUGUAUGAUAUAGCCAAUGUUGACUUUGUGACUGUUUUUAUCUAGUGGAAACUCGUGUAGGCUACAGAGAAAAGCUGUUUGUUUCUCAGAUGACUCUCGAUUAGGAAGAACUUUGCAGCAGGUGUUUCUGAUUUAAGAAAUAUUGCCAUGUUGGUGGGUGAUAACAUUUAAAUAAAGCCCAGCCCCGAAGUGAAACAGGGUGAAAGUAAUUUUCACGUCACCUCAUACAAAAAGGCAUGUAAGCCUCAUGGAAACGUCCGAAGUUACACAUUUGGAUUUGUCACUUCAAGCCCAAAUACCAUACUUUGACUAAAACAAUGAUUUAUUGAUUCACAUCGUUGUGCAACGUCAUGGGUAAGCUCUGGCAAUUGUCUUUCACCCCAAAAAAGUGGAUUUCUAUUGGUGUGGGCGUUUUAAAUGUAUGUAUAUGGUAAUUGUCUGUGUAUAGCAGGAUUUCCCAACCCUCUCCUCGGGGAGGAACAAAUGUUUCAGAUUUUUGUUGUAGCCUUAAACUGGCACACCUGAUUCAAUUAGUCUGCUAAUCAUCAACUCCUUGACUAAUUGAAUCAGUUGUACAAGUUUCUGGCUAAAAUCAAAAGUUGAAACUUCUGGUGGUCCCUGAGAAGAGGGUUGGGAAGUACUAGUGUAUAGCGCAUGCAGUGUACAAAACAUUAGCAACACCUUCCUAAUAUGUAGUGGCAUUCCACAGGGAUGCUGGCCCAUGUUGACUCCAAUGCUUCCCAUUAUUUUGUCAAGUUGGCUAGAUUUUCUUGAUACGCAUGGGAAACUGUUGAGCAUGGAAAAACCCAGCAGCGUUGCAGAUCUUGACACAUUCAAACUCAUGUGCCUGGCACCAUACUGCCCUACACUGUUCAAAGGCACUAAAAUCUGUUUUGCCCAAUGACCCUCUGAAUGGCACACAAUCCAUGUCUUAAGGCUUAUAAAUCCUUAUAAAUCCUUCUUUAACCUGUCUGUUUCUACACUGAUUUGAAGUGGACGUAACAGGUGACAUCAAUAAGGGAUCCUAGCUGUCACCUGGAUUCACCUGGUCAGUCUGUCUUGGAAAGAGCGGGUGUUCUUAAAGUUUUGUCCACUGCACAUCCCAAGAUGCAUACUUAACUUUCAUCCAUACAGAGAAUAUCGCUUGCGAGCCUUAGGUUGCUCUUUUGCCAAUUAUUGGUCAGAACAUCAGAAUAGGGCUGCCUUUGUAAACUCAGCCUUAAAUACAACCUUUCCAUCAAAUAUUUUUGCCAAAGGAAGUAGUUGCAGGUUAAUGCGUCAUGAGUCUUGUCCUGUAGGCUAACUUUGUUUUCCCCUUAGAUAUGCCAGCUGCAGUCAAAAUUGGCUAUAUUGUCAUAAUUUGUUAUUUUUGGGGUCUAAUUUGAGUGUUGGUUAGGUUUAAAAUCAGAUGUUAUGCCUUUGUGGUUGUGCCAGCAAGUAACCACUGCAGAGCUGCAUCCCAGAACAAGAUUCAUUAUGAAAAACUAACCUAUGAUUUUUUUUUUCUCCAUUUAAGCAUUACUGUUGUAAUUCUUUUCUGUUCACCAACAGACUGAGGGAUAUGCAUUUCUCCUGUUUUAUUCUGUAAAAUACAUGUUUUUUUAUGUUGCUGUUAACUAGACACUGCUGCUUCUUUGUCAUAGUCAUGAGUACUCCUCUUUGUUGCAUUUCCUCUUUCUUAAUAGUUUUCCUGAUCUCAUUGUUGCCCAGCUGUGAACAGGUGUGUGUAUAUAUGGACUCACCUGCAAGUUCACAACCAGGAUGGGCUUUACUCUUUUGUUUUUCUCUCCUUCUCUGUGUGAUACUGGACUGAACAGACCUGUGAUGACCUUACUGAACUGUCUGGAGGCACAGUGAACUGACUGAAUGGUGCUCGGGCUGUUGUGGCCCCUAAUGGAUUAUGGCAGGCAGUGAAUGAAAGUGUUCCACAUAAACUUGUCAUAAGAACAGACUUUUUCUUUCUGUUAAAUGGUUUGCUACGUUGUGAGCUUCUGAAUGCGACCCAGGCUUAGUCAUUGUUGACUAUUAAACCACUUUCUUAUAUGGACCUCAUCCAUAGAGCAAGA